UAAUAUACAAAUUACAAGAUAAAAUGGAUUAAAGAAAUGUAUUGGAUGAUGUGUAAAAAUGAAAGGGGAGGUAAAAGAUUAUUUCCCUGUUUUUUCGGGUACUAUUGCUUACAAUUAUUUCCCUGUUUUUUCAGUAAUCGCCUCGUCAAAUAAAACCUAAAUCGCAAAGAAUCAAAGUUUGAAUUGCAGGUGACCGCUAGGUUUGGGAUUUCCCUCCUCAUUUUACUGGUUUAUUCAUGCUCCCGAGUCAGUUAUGAGCAGUGGAUUAAUGUCCUCAUCCAUGGAGAUUCAACAGUAGUCCAUUGUUCGCCGUUCAUCGGCGUUACAUCUGCGAGUUAAAGGAAUGGACGGCGGUGGUGGAGAAAGAGAGCAGAGCUCCGCUCCACCCAAGCCCUCGAAGUUCGCGGUGUAUCAGAAUCCAGCUCUUUCCGCCGCCCUAACCUCCAAUAGCAUCCGACCGUCGAAGUCCACCUUUCUGUUCAUCUUCUCUCUCUCUUUCGCCUCCGCAUUUGCUCUUUUCAGUGUCAUCUCUAGGGAAAAUGGAGUUAUCAACGUCUUGAAAGUUGGAUAUGGCCCUGCUCGCCUUUUUACCAAAGUGAUACAAAGCAUUGCCGGUUUUAUCUUGAUUGGAACUUUUAUUGCUCUUGUCAAUGCUAUUCUGCUAUGGAGAAAAAGGAAUGCAGUAGAACACAUGAUUACUUCUCCAGCUAAAGGAUCAAAGGAACAGAUGCUACUAACUAAUCGACAGCUAGGGCUUCUAGGAAUUAAACAGAGAGUUGAUCAUGUCACUGUGGACUCUUCAAAAAAACCUCCCAAGUCCAAAAUGGCCUCUCCAUUAGAUGCCCUUGUCCCAGUUCAUCACCCAAUUUCAAGUGCAAGUCGUUCAGCUAGACUGAGUAGUGAAAAGUCAAGUUCAGGUGGUGGGUCUAAAAUGCAUACUUUCAGCACCCCAUCCAAGUCACCUACUUCACAAACUCUGAAUCUAGGCCAUACAUCGUCGCAAAUGCCUUCUCCCCAGACUUCACCUUGGUCGAACAAGCGAACUUCUUUUCACAAAGAGAUAACGACAGAAGAAGCGUUUGAGAAGUUUUUGGCUGAUGUUGAUGACAAAAUUUAUGAAUCCGCAAGUAAAUUGUCUACCCCUCCACCUACCAUAAGUAGUUUUGGUGUAGUCAGUCCUAGUAACAUGCCCAGCUCAUCGAACACUUCUGGAACUCCUAGAAGUACUCCUUUGAGGCCCGUUAGGAUGUCCCCUGGAUCACAAAAGUUCACCACUCCUCCAAAGAAAGGGGAGAGUGAUCUGCCUCUUCCUAUGUCAAUGGAGGAAUCUGUUGAGGCUUUUGAACAUCUCGGUAUAUAUCCACAGAUUGAACUGUGGCGUGACCAUCUUAGACAGUGGUUUUCAACAGUAUUACUGAACCCCUUGCUUGACAAAAUUGAUACCAGCCACGUAAAGGUUAUGGAAGCAGCGGCUAAACUAGGAUUUGCAAUCACUGUGAGUCAAGUGGGAAGUGAAACCUCAGGUGCUGCAAGUUCUACGGCCUCCACAUCUGGGAUGAAUAAUGAAUGGCAAUCGUCAUUUACUCUGGAUGAGGAUGGUCUUCUUCAUCAAUUACGUGCCAACCUUGUUCAAACUGUUGAUUCUUACAUGUCAACAUUGAAUUCUGGCAAUUUUCAACAAUCCCCACAGCAGAUCACAUUGAUCCAUGCUGUGCAAGAGUGCAUCAAUGCUAUAACUGAACACCAGAGGCUUCUUACUUUGAUGAAAGGAGAAUGGGGAAAGGGUCUGCUAACACAAAGUACUGUGCGUGCAGAUUAUACAGUACAUAGAAUUCGAGAUCUUGCUGAAGGCACGUGCGUGAGGAAGUAUGAGUAUCUGGGCGAAAUCUAUGAUAACUCAAAGAAGUGGACUAGUGAUGUUCCUACAGAUUCACACCUUCUCUUAUAUCUCUUCUGUGCUUUCUUGGAACACCCAAAGUGGAUGCUGCAUGUUGAUCCUACAUCUUAUGCUGGCUCUCAAUCAAGCAAGAACCCCCUGUUUGUGGGUGUUCUGCCUCCUAAGGAACGGUUUCCUGACAAGUACAUAGCCGUUGUUUCCGGAGUACCCUCUGUGCUUCAUGUAGGAGCUUGUGUAUUGGCUGUUGGGAAGCAAAGCCCCCCAGUUUUUGCACUGUUCUGGGACAAGAAGCCUCAGUUCUCUUUACAGGGAAGAACUGCAAUCUGGGACUCGAUAUUGGUUCUGUGCUAUAAGAUAAAGGUUGGGUACGGAGGGAUAGUUCGAGGCGUGCACCUUGGAUCAUCGGCAUUGGACAUUCUUGCAGUUCUUGACACCAAACCAGAAGAUUGACAAAUUGCAAGGUACGUGUUAAACAUCCCAUGGUUUUGAUUUGUUGGUUAUCACACAUACAUACAUGGGCAUUGAGAAGCAAGCAAAAUCAUACUAUGAUUGGUAAUAGAUGGGGGGCAUUUGUGUUUGUGCCUUGUAUGUUGUGAUAUGAUAGCAUUAACAUGUUUCUUACAUCUUUUUGAACAAAUUAUGGAAAAUUUU